AUGACGUAUUUGGAGGCACUCAGGACGGCCCGAGUGCAGUCUCCGCAGUCCUACCUCUACACGACGGUGGCACGAAUGCACUUGGGAAGUGUUGCUGCCGUAUGUAUCUCCAUUCUCAUUUCCAGUGGCAGAAUGACAGUGAAACAGUUGUCUUCAAAAGCAGGAAUUCCGGUCAAAACGGUCAAAACAACGUUGGUUUCGCUUAUCCAGCUUCGGUGUGUGCAAUACUGGCGCGAGGAAGGAUCGGGAAGGGUUCUUUACUCGUUCAAUGAAGAAGGAAUAUGGAUCUUGUUACAGUCUGGAGAGAUCAUUAAUUGGAUUCGGUGUGAGUACGGCGAAGAAGAAGCGGAAAUUAUACAAAAUAUCUUGGAAAUAGGCCAUAUAAAGGUGGCUGACUACUUGACUAAUUUUGAAGACCAAAAGAGACACGAUAGAGAAAUUAUCUUGAUGCGAUUGUACUCCGAUAAAUGGUUGCGAAGAUUGCAGCCGUUUAAUUUCAAUCCUUUAGCUGACAUUUGGGAAGCCAAGUACGAAGAGACGAUCCGGUCAAUUCCUCGGACCAACACUACCAGCGAAAUCAAGCGUGUAACCGAAGCAAAGGAGCAGACAAAACGCAAAAUCAUUGAUCUUUUUCAAAGUGCUGACGACCCCAAUGUGGUUUUCACAGUAAAAGACGGCAUCAAAAAACUCAAUCCCAACAUCACCAUAUCAUUUAAUUUGGCCCGCUUCGAAAAACAUUUGAGGAGCGAAGCACUUUUCCAUCUCGCCAAAUACAAAGUUGGCACCUUGACUGCUAAAGUUUACGAGACUGCCCUCAAGUUGGUGGAAGCCAAUUCCCCAGACUUGAACCCACAAUUUUUGUCCAUUUCAGGGUGGUGUGCUGACCCAGAAGAGGUCAAAUCUUACAAAAAUUCCAUCGAGAACAAGCUCGUCGAUGACAGAAAAAUCACGUUUGGAGUACGGGAUGUUGCCCGAGCUUUGCCCGAAGACUUGGAUUUGAGCUGCUCCAUUCUCACGCAUAACUUCUUGAAACCAACCAAACGAGCCCUGGACGGAGCAAAUGGCGCUGCAUCCAAAAAAGUCAAAUUAGAAGACGGUGAGUCUCUCGAUGUCUUUGUGGAAAACUUGGAAAAAAACGACUCUCAGUCAUCUUCGCUCAUUCUUCAUCAUCUCAAAGCAUUGUGCUCCGGCACUAAUAUCUCUUUUUUGCACGAAACUUCCCCAUCUAACUUUACCAUUCCAUACUCUGCUCUCGUGGACGAACUCAAAAAACACCAUUACGACUUGUUGAUAAAAAUCACUCUUGGUCCCAAUGCUUUCCGAGUGCUUCGAGCCUUGAAAUCACUCAAAUUGGCGGAUGAAAAAGCAUUGGCAAAUGCGGUUCUACUCAAGGAGAAGACACUUAGAAAUGAAAUUUUCAACAUGGUCAAUUUGAACAUUGUUGAGAUUCAAGAGGUGCCUCGAAGUGCUGAUCGAGCAGCAUCCAAAACAUUUUUCUUGUUCAGACACAAGGAGCAAACAGCCUACAACUUCCUCAUCAAUAGUUUGACCUUUGGUAUGGCAGAACUACUUCAGGGAAUUGUCGAUUUCAAAGAUGAGCAUCGCAUACUUUUGGCCAAAUGUGAGCGAGAAGAUGUCAAAGGUAACGAGGAGUCAUUAUUAUUGGCUAGUGAGUUGAAAACGUUAAAGACGCUCCAAGAAAGAGAGAUGGUUAGCAUUGCCCGGUUUAGCCGGCUAAAAGCGUUGCGACAGGUGUUUAGCGCAUGA